AAUCUUCCGUUUUCCGCGAAGAGGCAACAGAAAGAAUCGGGAACAUUCAGAAUUGGUUUUAGUGGUUUAGAUAUUCCGAGUUUCACUCGUAUUUCGUGAACAUAUUGGCAAUAAGAAGUGUUAAAUCAAUGCCAAAAGAUGCUGACUAAAUAUUGUCGGAUUUGCUUAACUAGCGCAAGUGUUGUUAAUCAGCUCGACGAAGUAGUGCAUAAAUCCCUGACUCUCUAUGCAAUGCUGUGCAAACUGUAUCCCGAAGCCUUCAGUGGCUGUGAAAACCACCAAUGGCCUACGCGAGUUUGCGGAAACUGCAAGCACGGCAUAUUGGAAGCGUACAGGUUGUACGCAGUUUGCAUGUCAACCUUCAGUGUAUUGAAGAAUCAACUGCCGAAUAGUUUGAUCAAACCGUGCCAGUUAACCUUUCAAUCUGACCGGCCUGUGACCAGUAAUUCUUUUUCUGGUCAAGAUGGAAUAGAUUUUAAAAAUACUGUUAUAAUCAUAGACGAUGAAGAAGAUGACAAACGUAGUCCAAUGGAUGAGCAGGAAGUUAAAUUUUACACGCAAAAUGAGAAAACCGACGAUGAAGAACAUGACAGUUGUGAAACAUUUUUAAUGGGUGAGCAGGCCAUCGCCCAUGAAUCUAUUAAAAACACAUCCUUAGCAUUAGAACCACUCAAUGCUGAAAUAUUUAAAGUUGAUAGUGCAGCAGCAACCUGUAAAACGGCCAAUACUGUUGGACAGCCGAUAAAAAUGGCUACUUCAAUUGAUCAAGGGCAAGAGGAAGAUUCUAGGGAAAGUAUGGAUUUUUUGGAUGAUGUAGAAAAGCAUAAGAGACACAUGGAAGCCCAUAUGCCGGAGGGUUCGUGGGCCUGUCAGCUCUGCCCGCUACGAUUCUCGACGCAAACUGCAAUGAAUAGUCACGAAUAUAUACACAAAAAGGAUAUACGGCAUUGCUGCGAUAUAUGUGGAGUGAACCUGUCAUCAAAGCGUAAUUUGAAAUAUCACCAGCGUGCUGUUCACGAAGGAGGAAUAGAGAAGUUGCACCCAUGCAACGUUUGUGGUCGCAGAUUUGCAAUUCCUUCUAUGCUUAAGAGCCACAUGAACACCCACACGGGCCAUAGACCCUACAGUUGCGUGUAUUGUAAUCGUGUUUAUGGCAGUGGCGGCGAUUUGGUAGAGCACGUCGCUAAGCAUCACGUUGGUAACGAUAAUAUCUAUCAGUGCCAUCUGUGUGAUGCAGAUUUCCCGAAGAUAAAGAAGCUUAAAGACCAUUAUGAAGUACAUUACAGAAAUGGUGAGAAAUUGGACAACGAAAUUCUCACAGAAUUCGGAAGGUUUCGGUUCACCAUUAUGGAUUUGUUAAAAAUGCGACGUCGUAAAGAAACGACAGCGUUAAGUAAUGAUAACGCAAAUAAUUAGUUUCCAAGCAGUUCAACAUGUAAAAAUCAACCAUGAGCAAAUUAAAAUCAAUAUGGCGCAAAUAAAGGACUCAUUUAUUUCUAUAACAUCGGCGGAUGCAUUCAUUUGA